AUGACAAUAUUUUCAACUUUAUCAUCAUUUUUCCGUCGAAAUAGAAAGAAAGUAAUCAUUAGUUCAAGUAUCAUUGCAAUAAUAUAUUUUGGUAUUGGAUUUUUAAAACAAAAAUUUAUUGAUUAUCAAUUAAAAUUAGCUGAAGAAAGAUUUUCAAGGGAACAAAUUCGUAGAAGAUUUGAACAAACUCAAAAAGAUUCUUUAUAUACCAUAUAUGCUUUGGUUCCUGUUUUAGCCUCUCCUAUUUUUGAUAGUUUACCUGUGGAAGAGAUUACUAAAGCUUUACAAGCUAGAAGAUUAGAUAAAAAGGGUCUUGGAGGUAGUGGAAUUGGUGCUAGUACUAUUGGUGAUGAUAAUUCAAGUACAACAACUGAACAACAACAACAUCAAGUUGUUGAUGGUGAAACUAGUGAGAAGAAAACUAAAAAUGAAUUAUGGAGUGAUUUGAAAAGUCAAAGUUUAACAAGAUUUUUAACUUUAUUAUAUUCAAAUGCUUUAUUAAUUUUAUUUACAAGAUUACAAUUGAAUAUUUUAGCAAGAAGAGAAUAUUUAGAAGAUGCAUUAAAAGUUGCAGCAACAAAACAUGGGUUUAAUGAAAGAAUUGAUUUAGUUGAUAAUACAAAUAAUGAAAGUUUAUUUUAUGUUAAUGAACAAGCUUAUUUAUCAUUUAGUUGGUGGUUAUUAAAUCGUGGUUGGAUUCAAAUUAGAGAACGUGUUAAAUCUGCUGUUGAUGAAGUAUUUGAAGAAAUUAAUCCAAGAGCUGAAUUAUCAUUAGAUGAUUUUGCUAUAUUAUUAAGUAAAACUCAACAAAUUAUUGAAUCACCAAAUACCAAUAAUAGUAAUAAUGAAUUAGAUUUUAUAAGUUCUGUUUUAUUACCACCAGAAAAUUUAGAAACUUUUGUUGUUCAACAAACAUUAGAUGAAGAAAACAUUGAAACUUUAUCAAAAGAUAAUACUAUAUUACGUACAUUAAUUGAUGAAACUAAAAAUUAUGUUCAAUCAUCAUCAAGUCUUAUUGUAUUAAGUUCAUUAAUCAAUGUUGGUAUUACAACAUUAUUAAAUAAUAUAGCAUUAACUUUAUCAUCAAGAGAUCCAUCACAAGAAUCACCAAAUGAAAUUAAAGUUAAAUUAGCAAUUUUAUUAGCAAAUAUUACAAAAGCAUCAAAUGAUUUUAAAAAUGGUACAAGAAGUGAUUAUAUUAAUAAUAUGGAUAAAGUUACAGAAUUAGAUGAAUUGAGUGCUAGUGUGUACUCUAAUUUUGAAAUAUGA